GUUCCUCUCUGUUGUAGGGUGUAUGAUGAAUUAAACAUUUUUUACUGCAACGGAAGAAUAAAUCACAAGAUAGAAAUCCUGGUUGUCUUUUCUCCUCUGGAACCCAGGGCUGAUGUAACCACUUGCAGGUAUGUUAAGUGAAGGCUUCAUCUGUGGAUUUCCUUACUGGAAUGAAAUUGAAAAUGAAAACAAGAUGAGACAGAAGGAGCAGAAGCAACAAAAACCUUCAGAGGAUAACAUGGUUCAAGAGCUGAUUUCUGUCAGUAAUUUUCAGAAUUCAUCUCAGGCUGAAGUUCCUAAUGGGGCUCUGUCACUUCUUCAAAAGUGCAAGUCUAUUUGCAGACCUUUCAGAUUGAGUGCAAAGGAAAAAAUAACAACACCAUUGGUACAGCCCUCACAAGCCACAUCAAUCACAAGGCAAAAGUCCCUUGUUGUAGAUAUUCCAGGGAGCUCCAGUGUGAAUAAGGAAACCUAUUUGGUUCCCUCGUGUUGUAAAAGUAUCUGUGAUGAUUACAAUGACCUGCAGAUUGCAGGAGAUCAAGUGCUGCCAAUUAGUUUGGAACCAUCUGGCCUGACACCUGAGGGAAGCUACAAUGCAAAUAUGGUCCCAUUCUUGUAUUCAUCAGAGAUUACACUGCCAAUGGAGUCCCCCAAACUAUCAGCAGAGUUCCCAAACAAGCCAGCCAACAGCGAUACAUCCUGUUGGCGAGUUUGCAGUGCGAGAGACAAAAGCAUCAUUCAGCAUUCUCAGCCACUUACUAAUUCAGAACUCAAUGACUAUCUUGAGCAGAAAGUUCUGGAACUGUACAAGCAGUAUAUGAUGGACAGCAUGGUGAGCAAUGCAUCCCCAACAAAAAUCAUGGAAUCAGAACUCGUCAUGAAUAACGUCGAUCAGAUUAGCAUGAUACUUUCACGAGAACAGAAUAUGGAAACUACAAAGGCAAAGGACAUGGUUAUCAGUUGCCUGUUACGUGUUGCGAGUGAGAUACAAUCGAAUGAACUCAGUACACCAAAUUUACAGAUAUCUGCUUGAAAGAGAAAAAGUUUUAUAAAAGUUUAUUUGCAUUUUAAGUAUAACUUAUUAAAGAUUAAUUAAUUUUGACUAGGUUUGCCACAUCCAUGAUUGAACAGGCAGCAGAAUAGGACAGAGAAAGCAUUGAGACAGUGAAUCAUAGAAUCAUAGAAAAUAGGAGCAGGAGUAGGUCAUUUAGCCCUUUUAGCCUGCUCCACCAUUCACUAUGAUCAUGGAUGAUCACCCAACUUAGUCCCCUGUUUCUGUUUUCUCCACAUAGCCUAUGAUCCCUUUCGCCUUGUCUAACACCUUCUUAAACAUAUUCAAUGCUGUGGUCUCAACUUUCUUUGGCAGAGAAUUACAGAAGUUCACCGCUCUCUGUGUGAAGAAGUUUCUCCUUAUCUCAGUCAUAAAUGGCCCACACCAUAUCCUUAGACAGUGAUGCCUGGUUCUGGACUGCCUAGUCAUCAUGAACAUCCUUCCUGUGUUUACCCUGUCGAGUCCUUAAGAAUUUUAUAGGUUUCUAUGAGAUCUCCCCCUCAUUCUUCUAAACUGCAGUGAAUAUAAACUGAACCGAUCCAGUGUCUCUUCAUGUGUGAGGCCUGACAUCCCAGGAAUCAGUCUGCUAAACUUUUGUUGUGCUCUUUCCUUGUUAUGGUUUGAAUUCUGUCUUAUUUUCUUACCUGCUGUUGAAAUUGUUUCAAGACUUCACAAAAAAAUUCAGAAGAUUGAGGGGGGAUCUUACAGAAACAUAUAAAAUUAUGAAGGGAAUAGAUAAGAUAGAAGUAGAGAGGAUGUUUCCACUGGCAGGCGAAGCUAGGACAAGAGGGCAUAGCCUCAAGAUUAGAGGGAGCAGAUUUAGGACUGAACUGAGGAGGAAUUUCUUCACCCAGAGGGUUGUUAAUCUAUGGAAUUCCUUGCCCAGUGAAGUAGUUGACGCUACUUCAGUAAAUGUUUUUAAAAAAAAGUAGAUUUUUUUUGAACAUUAAAGGAAUUAAGGGAUACAGUGAGAAUGCGGGUAAGUGGAUCUGAGUCCACGAAAGGAUCAGCCAUGAUCUUGUUGAAUGGCGGAGCGGGCUCGAAGGGCCAGACGGUCUACUCCUGCUCCUAGUUCUUAUGUUCUUAUGUUCACAUAUAUGGCCUCCAAAUUUCCCAAGUUGCUUCUCAGGAGUGUUGUGAAAUAAUAUUUGGCCACAAGCCACAAAAGCAAAUAUUAGGAGAGGUGACCAAAGGAAUAAUGAAAGAGGUCAUUUUAAUGUGCACCUUUAAGGGGAAGAGAGAGAAAGAGAAUUCCGGAGCUAUGGGCCUUGGCAGCUGAAAAUACAACCACAGAGGUACACUUAUUAAUAUUACAGAUGCACAAGUCACCAGAAUUGGAGGAGUCUUGUGAUCUCAGAGGGUUGUAAGCUUGGAGAAGACUACAGAAUAAGGAAGGGGUAAGGCUAUGGAAACAUUUGAAAGUGAGAAUAAGAAUUUUAAGAUCAAUACUUUGCCAGACUGUUCUGUGUUGUAGGUCAUCAAGUACAAGGGUAAUGGGUGAAUGACAUUGGUGUCAAUUAGGCUACAGGUACUUCCUGUUCUGGUUGAACUUAUGUUUAUAGAAGACAGUGGGCUAAGAGUGCAUUGAAAUAAGUAAGUUCAAUAGAAAACAAAUUCUGGAUGGAAAUUUCAACAGUAAAUGUGCUGAGACAGGGGAAGAAUUGGGUGCUGUCACAAAGAGGUAAAUAGACAAUCUUUGUGAUGGUGUGGAUAUUCUGAGUCAAAAUGACACCAAGUUUGUGAAGAGUUUCAUUCAGCGUGAGCCAGUUUUCAUGGGGAAGGAUGGUGUCGGUAGCUAGAAAAUACUCCCUGUGUCCAGGUCAAUAUUUAUCUCCCUACCAAUGCUUACAAACAAAUUAUUUGGUCCCUUAUUCCAAUGCUUUUCAAGGUAUAGCACUGUGAGAUGCCAACUUUCUAAAAUUAAUAUAUUUUAAAAGUACUUAUUUGGCUGUAAAAUACUUUGAGAUGUCCUAUUGUGAAAUAUGCUAUAUAAAUCUAAGUUCUUGCUAUAAACUUUACGAAUGUUCCUAGUUUUCUGCAUGGCAGAUGCACGGUGAAUUGUUGGUGGGUUUUCAUGGUUGCAUGUACCCCUCUCAUUCUGGAGGAUAUGAGUGAAACUCUCAAUAACAUUCGAAAAAGGCAACAAUAGUAUUGUGCAGUGGGCCAAAAGUCUCUAUGUUUGACAGCAUAACUGCAUGCAAUUGUUCUGGGUACACCCAUUCGGCAUUUCUGAGCAUAAAUCUCCUCAAAGAGGUACUUUUAUAUCUGAGGGAAUGUUGGGGCCAUAAUAAUGACCUGAACUGAGAAACAUAGCUCAAUCAUUUCAGGUUGAGUACUCUGGGGGCAAUAUGUCUAACUUUGAUUUUGGGGGAUGGUGAUCAGUGGAAAAUUGGCUCAAUUUCCUAGACAUUUCCACAUAAUCUUUUCAAGAACAUGUCAGAAACAAUAAUAUUGCGUUAAUAACGCUAUUAUUGUAGCACCUGUAGCUUGAAGUUUAAUGCUUAAAUUAAAACUGCUUUGAUCAACUUGAAGUCUUUUUAAAUUUCAAAGUUUGUCCUAAUCACAUGUAAUCAAACUAGUUAAAGUAUUAGCUGUUUGAAAACUUUCAAGUCCUAAUUGGUUACAAUAUUGUUCCCUUCAUCCCUGGGACAUGAGAUUGAAUCUUCUCAGUGCUGGCUGGAAGUAUGCUGUCAAUUCAAUUUCAAGUGGAUGCAAGUCCAUUCCAGAAAUCUUCUCUUUAUACUCUCAGAAAUUUGAAAUCUCAGGGAGGUGGUAUUGCUAGCAACUAAUAUAAGUACUACAAAACUGACCUUAGACUGCUUCAUGGAAAGAUUGAACAUUAAACUGGUGAUUCCUCAGGUAACUCAUUUAUACUGGACAUGACUUCUUCAUGCUAAAACAAUAUUGUGGAUUUCCCUCAAAGGAAAGAUACACUGCUUGUUGGCAGCCGCUAAACUGUGCUUAAGUCACAGAUUGGACAAAGAAUGGUUCGACAUUGUAUUCCUUAGAACAUUGAAAACUUUAUGUUGUUAAACAAUGGAGUACUGUAUAUUGGUUAUUACAAUGAACAAUUCCUAUUUAAUUGUCUUUCCCCAAAUGAUUGUAUAAUUAAUUAGCUUUAAAAAUAAGAGUGGAUUAAUGCCUGAUUAGGAGACUGUAACAUAAAGUAAACAUCAUUAGCUAAAAGAUAAUAGGUUGUCAUGAUGAAUCUUAAAACAGGAUCUAAAUGGUCUUUUUCUCUGUUUCUCGCGUAUCAGUUUUAGGAAUUAGGUUUGGUUAUGUUGACACCUUGGUGUUUAGCUAUGUCCCAUAAAAAUCAACUUCAAGUGCACAGGAAGUUGGCUUGAAGGUUUUCCAGCUUUUUACCAUAAAUGAAAUGUUGCUACUUGUAUCAAAGCCAAAUUGCAAAUGGAAAUAGUUUCAUAAUUUUAGAUGCUAAAAUCUUAUUUUCUCAAUGAUACAAAAUACAGUUUCAGUCAUGUUAUGCUAUCAGUAUUACUGAAUCACACAUUUUAAAAAUUUGAAAUUGUUUUGUGUUAAUAGUUCAAACGUUGUCAAAUAUUUUAUGUUAAACAACAAUUUAAGACUUAUUGUAGCCUUGUUAAAUCAUGUAGUCAGCAUAAUACUCCACUUUGGAUUGGAUGAUUACUAAAGCAUUUUUGUAAUGUUUUAAUCCUAUUCAAGCUUUAAAAUUAAACGAUUGAUUUAUUUUCAUCUUUA